AUGGAGACCCCGGUGUCGAGAGAGGAGGAACACAAUUCGAGAGAAGAGGAACAUGGUUCGAGAGAGGAGGAACACAAUUCGAUAGACCUCGAAUCUUCGUCUGCUUCGUCGGAAAUGAAGUCAGUUUUCUUCGCCGGAGAUGAUGGAGGUGACGAUUCGCCGGAUAGUUUUGUCUUCAAGCUCCCUAAAAAAUCCCCACUUGUGUUGAGAAUGGUCGUUCUCUUGUUUGUGAUGGUCUGUGCUGUCUACAUUUGCUCAAUUUGUCUUAAGCAAAUCGGUGUGGUCCCAAGUGCUGGCUUUUUGACCGUUGAAGUGUUUGAGAGACCUUGUCCUGAGCCUAAAAUAGAACCAUGGGACAUUCCAUAUGUUCAUUAUCCUAAGCCCAACACGUAUAGCAGGGAGGAAUGUUCGUGUAAUCCCGUUAGGUAUUUUGCGAUUCUCUCGAUGCAGAGAUCUGGAAGCGGCUGGUUUGAGACUUUACUAAACAAUCAUACUAAUAUAAGCUCCAACGGGGAGAUCUUUUCCGUUAAAGAUAGGAGGGCUAAUGUGUCGACCAUUUUCGAGACCUUGGACAAAGUAUAUAAUCUAGAUUGGUUGAGUAGUGCUUCUAAGAACGAUUGUACUUCUGCCGUUGGCUUGAAGUGGAUGCUUAAUCAGGGUCUAAUGAAACACCAUGAAGAGAUAGUAGAAUACUUCAGAACCAGAGGCGUCUCAGCUAUAUUCCUCUUUAGAAGAAACCUCUUGCGCCGGAUGAUUUCAGUUCUGGCAAACUCUUAUGAUAGGGAUGCUAAGUUAUUAAACGGCACUCACAAGUCCCACACCCAUUCCUCUAAAGAGGCUGAGAUAUUGGCGCUCUACAAACCAGUAAUCGACACAACCCUUUUAAUAGGUGAUUUGAAGAAGGUUAAAGAGAUGACUACAAACGCACUUUCUUACUUCAAUACCACUCGCCAUAUCUUCCUCUACUAUGAAGAUGUUGUCAAGAACCGCACCAGGCUAGACGAUGUGCAAGAGUUUCUAAAGGUGCCUAAACGCAAUUUAAAGAGUAGGCAAGUGAAGAUUCAUCACGGUUCUUUGUCACAGCACGUACAGAAUUGGAAUGAGGUUCAGACGACACUGAAAGGGACAAAUUAUGAGAACUUUCUACUUGAAGAUUACCGUAAGUGA